UCGUAGGCUACAUGUGUUAACGGGGAGGGUGUUUUUCUAAAAUAGUUUACAAGAGGGCCGGACUGCACCAUUUGAAAGCCACAGCGUCAGAGCUAUCAUACCCAACAGCUUUUGCUGCUGUUUUCAUUUUUGGCUAUAUUCUGUGUCAUUGACGUCGGCAUCAACUCACACAGGACAGGAGCGAGAUCCGCUAUAGUUUUGAUCAUGGGUGCGACUGAAUCUACGCGGCCGGAGGGUAGCAGCAAGAGCGAGGACGGGGAAACUGUGGCGAAUGAGGAAAGUGCGAACAAUGUCCAGGAUGGCGAGAGUAUUGAUGCGAAGUUACUCCAAAAGAAUGGACAGAUCUCAGGACUGAGUGAAAAAGCAGAGGACAAGACUGAGGAAGUCAAUGUCCUGUGUGACGACGGAGUCGUUGCAGAGGUUGGUGAGGCAAAUUCAUCUAUCGUUUCUCAGAAAGAGGACAUUCCGGAGAUGAUAGAGACUCUCACAGAGGAGGUACCUCCUCUGGAAAACACAGGCAGUGAUGGCAAGGAAUCACCGGAUGUAGACGACGAAGCAUCAACAAAUGAGACUGAAACAGAAGUUAAAUUGAAUGAAGUCAAUGAUAGUUUUAAAAAGUUCUUCAGUUCAAUUGGUUUAAAAUUCACAUUGAAAAAAGACUCUGACACAAUACCAGAAGUGAGCCCUAAGAAAGAAGAGGGCGAAGCACGUACUCCCGAAGACAGCAAGGAUACAGAGGAGACCACUAUAGAUAAUGCUGAGGAGAGUACUGGGCAGAGCACACCUGAGGAUCUGACUGAUGAUACGAUAAAAGAAUGUGUUGGCCAUACACCAGAGCUUGUAGAUGAUACAAUAGAAGCAAAUAUUGACGAAGCACCGAAUAACGUUGUUGCUGAUUCACCAGUGGAACCGGCUGAUGAUUCUACCUCUCACCCUAUGAUGACAGACCUCACAUUUGAAGAGUUCCAUAAUGAAACCACCAAGGAACAGACCACUGAAAUGAUAGAAUCAAAGGAGGAAAUCACAUCUGAAGAUGUGGCACAGGCAGAGGGAGAGGCCCCACCCACACCCAUUCCUAUAGUUGAGGAAAUGUCUCCAUUUAAACGUUUUUUCCUGACAGGAAAAAUACACAAGCAGGUCAAGCAACCCAUGAAACAACCCAAGGAGGAACCUAAGGAGGAAGUCAUGGAAGAAGUCAAGGAAGAACCCAAGACAGAACCCAAGGAAGAAGUCAAUGAGGAACCCAAGGACGAAGUCAAGGAGGAAGUCAUCCCUACUGAAGAGACAGACACACCAGCACCAACCAUUCCGGAUGUUGAAGAAGAAAUGAUAUCCCCGAUUAAGAAGUUUUUCACCACGGGAAUCUUCGCUGGUUUAAAGAAAAAGAAAACAUAUUUAGGAGAGGAAACGCCCAAAGAUGAAACUGUUGAGAAAGAACACGAACUGCAAAGCAUUGACAAACAGGAGUAUGUAAACACACCAGAGGAAGCUGGUCUUGAGCAAGAACAAACAAAAGACGAGAUCAGUCCAGAUGUUGAGACAAUACCGAUCAUUGAGGGGAUACAAAAUGAGAAUGAAGUUCAAGAGACCGGAACAGAUUCCCUGAUGGCUGAGACAUCCAAUGUCCCUGAACUGAUGAUGAGUAAUGUCCCUAAAACUAGUGACAACAGAGAGGAUGUCCUUGAAGAGCAGCCAGCUACUGAGGAAUUACAGACAAUUAUCUCAAAUAGAGCUGAACUUCUUAGCUUUCAAGAGGAAGCUAAAAGUCAAGGAAGUUCAGUCCAGGAUAUUCUUGAAGAGCAAUCUCCUUCUUUGGGAUUUGUAACAGUUUUAACAAAUGAAGCUGAAACAAAUGAAGACAAACUUAGCUCUCAAGAGAAAGCUAAAAGCCAGGAAAGUCUUGAAGGACAGUUUCAUUCAUGGGGAUUCGUCACAGUCACAGAACAUGUUCCUGAAGAGGAGCCAGCUCCUGAGGUAUUACUGACAGUUACCUCAAAUGAAGCUGAAACAAAUGAAGCCAAACAUCUUGACUCGCAAGAGAAAGCUAAAAGCCAAGGAAGUCCAGUCCAAGAAGAGCAGUCUCCUUCUUUGGGAUUCCACACAGUUAUCUCAAAUGAAGCUGAACUUCUUAGCUCACAAGAGAAAGCGAAAAACCAAGGAAGUCCACUCAGGAAGCUCUUAUAUGGGGCUGGUUUGAAGAAGCUUUCUAGGAAGCGGAGAGGCAAGAAAUCAGAUGAGUUGACCAGGUCUGGUGAGCAUGUUACUGAGGAUUUACUGUCAUCCACAGAGUCAGAGGAGUACCAGAGAGGAGAACAACAUCCUGCCUCUUCAACAGAAGAAUUAGCAGCAGAGCAGGUCAAAAUGUCUGCUCUGUUAGGGUCAAGCCACGAAUCAGAUAGUGAUGUAACCUCUGACGGUGAAAGGAAAAAGGAUGGCACCUGGACUUCUUUCAAAAAGCUAAUGACGCCCACAAGAUGUCCCAAAAGAUCUUCUGAGAGUGAGGAUGAGUUAGCACAUGAGGAGCCAAAACAAAGUGAAGGAGAGCAGGUACUAGAACGUUUCACAGAAGAGACCAAAAAGAAAGUAGAAAUAUCUGUUUCUUGGGAGGCCCUCCUAUGUGGAUCUGCAAAGAGGAGGGGAAGAAAAACAUCUGACUCAGAGGAGGAAGCACCCAUGAAUGAAGGUGAAACACUAAGUGAACCUGGAAACACCGCAGAGUCUCCACUGGACAGUUCUCAGGAGGGAGGUUAUGAACAUUUAACCUCUUCCCCUGAAGAGGCUGUAAGUCCCUUAGGGAGUGAAGGGGGGUCAACAUGGAAAUCCCUUAAAAAGCUGGUCACCUCAAAUAGGAAGGCAAAAACCGAGGAGGCCAGCAAAGUUAGCUCACCAGAGCAGGUGGCAUCUGACAGCGAAAUCACCAAAGAGGAGUCUUCAUUUUCUCUAAAGAAACUCAUCCCUGGACGCAAAAAGCAAAAGCAUGGAGGAAAGCAGGAACCAAUAUCUUCUGACGAGGCAGAUAAAGGUGUUGGAUCGGAUGAUGAGGAGGACUCUGAAACACCAGCAGUGGUCCCCAUGUCCGAGUUUGAUGCAGAAGACCUAGGAGAGAAACACAUAAUAUUAACUGAGGCUGUUAUAGAAACUCCAUUACACAUUACAGAAGAAAUAACCCAGCCAGAUGUCUCUAGGCUGGUCACCGAAUCAGCCAUACCCAAAGACACCCUGCCCACUGAAGCAGAGAAGGCUCAAGCCAAAGAUACUGUGGAGCAGUUGGCCCCAUCAACAUCCCCCACUGCUACAAAAGACUUUGAGGACCUUACGGAAUUCAUAAGUAAACAUCAGCAACUCAGUGAUAUACCUGAGGAAGGCGUAAUAGAGGAGACUAUUGCCACACAAGUGUCCACUGCUGAAGAAGCCACUCGAGAUGAUACCAUAGCCGAGGACCUAAUCGAGUUGACAUCUGAAGCAGUCACUGCCCCAGAACCUCUAGAUGAUGAAUCAACAGAAAUGGUUUCAGCAGUGUCACAGCUGACAGAGGAGUCUCCCAAAACAUCAGGCAACACAACACCUGUGCCUGCAGAAUACGAGUUGAAAGACACAGAGGUACUUCUGCAUGAGGCUGUUGAAACCAUUAACAGAACCCCAACUCUCUCAUCGGUAAUUACAAAAGACCCGCACUUGGAAGCAGUUACCGUUUCAGUUUCUCCACAAAUAUUACAGACACCAAAAGAGACAGAAGCAACAGUUUUGACAGCUCAUGAAAAAUCAGACGCAGUUACAAUCUGCACAGGUGAAGAAUCGCAACAAAUAGAUGCUGUUGAUGAAAGCCCAGUGACUCAUGUGGUAGAGUGUCCAUUAGAAGUCAGAAAGGUAGUACCCACAGAGUUGGCACCUGAGGAAACUGAAGAGUCUGGUGCUGCAAGAAUCACUACAGAUGAGGUACACAAAACUGAAGAUGAAUCAAUUCCAAUCAUGCAUAUAGAAAUUGAAAAGGACCAACAAACAGAAUUGGUAAACGAGUUAGAAGAGGUAAGACCAGUACUUGUAGCCACUGUUAAUUCAGAAGAGGGUGUAGCUCAAGUUGAAGGAAAGGCCAUAGCAGAAGACACUCCACAGCCUGAUACAGAGCGCCUGGAAGUGUCGGUUACAGACAAACUUGUUUUCACACAGGCUCUCAUGGAGGUCACUCUUAAAGAAGAAAAAGAGGAAUUCAUGGAUGUUUCGGAGGAUUCUGCAGACAUGGAGAAUGCACCAGUUGCAGAAACAAUCACAUGUGAUGUUCAAGAUGUCGCUACUGCAAUGCCUGACGUUCUGAAGUUAGAAUCAUCAAAUGUUUGGGAAUCUUUGAUUGGCAUAGUGGCACCUGAAGUAGAAUCCCCAGAGAAAAUGGAUCGUGUGGGUGCUCUAAGCCCACUUGUAGACUCUUGUAUGGUUCAGACACUAAAGAAAGGGGACAUGGUUGUGAGGAAGAAUGUGCCAUCAGCACAGUUUGUUGAUGGUCUUGAGAUCCGAGUACAAGUGACGGAUGCAGAGAUAAAGUCAGCUGAAGAAACUAUUGAAACAGUGCUUGAAGUUAGCUCAACUGAUGUCAACGAUCACGAGACUCUAGUACAACAGGUGAACGCUGAGAUUGAAUCAGCUGAAGCAAAUGUUGAUGCAGUUUUUGAGGUAGUCUCAACUGAUGUCAAUGAUCAUGAGACUCUAGUACAACAGGUGAACACCGAGAUUGAAUCAGCUGAAGCACAUAUUGAGACAACCCUUGAGUUGGGCUCAACUGAUGAUCACGAGAUCACAGUACAAGUGGCGGAUGCAGAGAUAAAGUCUGCUCAAGUAAUUAUUGAGAAUGUGCUUGAAGUUGGCUUAACUGAUGUCAUUGAUCAUGAGAUCAAAGUACAAGAGAUGGAUGUAGUGAUUGAAUCAUGCGAAGCAAUUGUUGAUGCAGUUUUUGUGGUCUUAACUGAUGUCAAGGGUCAUGAGAUCCAAGUGCAAGUGACGGAUGCAAAUGCUGAGAUUGGGACAGCUGAAGCGAUUCUGGAGACAGCACUUAAGGUGGUUUCUUCAAUCGAUGUUAUGGAAGUCAUAGACAUUUGUGACAAAAUGGAGGACAAAGGAGAGGGUGAGAAUGCCAUUGAGAAUAUUAGAGAGGCCAUGUUUGAAGAGGAAAGCAGUAUUAUAACUCAAGAAAUACUCCAACAUGUACAGCAGAACUUCUCAGAAGCUGACUCCAAUGUUGUACCACAAUCAAGUGAAAAGGCUGAAAUUGAAUUAACGAGUGAAGCCGAAGUUUCUAAAUCACCAGAGGGUAUACCAGUGGUGGCAGUUACAGAUGCUCAAGGAUGUACAGGUGUAGCUGCACAGGUGCAAAAUAACAUUCACUUAUUUGAAAACUACGUAGAAAUUAAUACUCAGGGAAAUGCGCACAAACCUUCAGACAAAGAAACUGAGCCUUCAAUUUCUCUCAAAGUUGAUACAGUAUGUGAGGAUAGAACAACUCCUGAGACAUUUGCAGAGUCUACUUUCGAGGUUGACAAAGUACCAGAUGACAUAGUUCCCGAGACAUUUGCAGAGUCUACUUUCGAGGUUGACAAAGUACCAGAUGACAUAGUUCCCAAUACAUUUGUAGAGUCCUGUUUGCAGUCAAAUAUGCAAGAAGUUUAUGCAACGGAGGCUGAAUUUAUUAUUGCGUCCGAAGUAGAUUCAGACUGUACCAGUGGGCAUGAGAAAGAACUGGUUGGAAUGGUAGUACAAUCAGCAAAGGAAUCAGUUGAAUCAUUUGAAAAGAGACUAUCUAUUGAAUCCCAUGUCCAUAUCCAUCUUCACAUUGAACCCAGAGACGCUGGAGUGGUGUCUGCGGGAUUGGAUUCACCACCACUUGCUAUUUGGCCACCUCCAAGUACUAGUGCAGUGAACAUGGAUAGCUGUCUGAAAGAAUCAAUAGAAAUUGCAAGUACUACUGCAAAAAGUGCUGUGAAUACUGACUGUGUUCCAACAGAAUCAAUGGAAAGUACUCAACUUUGUGAAGUCAGUCAAAUUGAGCAAAGAGAUGACACUGCACCUCCUGUGCCACUGCAUACCCCUCCAGUGCCACUGCAUACGACUCCAGCAUCACUGCAUACGACUCCAGCACCACUGCAUAUCCCUCCAGCACCACUGCUUGCGACUCCAGCACCACUGCAUACCCGAACUGAACUACUGGUGUGCACCCCAAACCCUGAAGCAGAACAGGUAAUGAUGAAUGCAGAAGAGUCUAUCCUACACACAGAGGACGAGAAUGACCAAGAAGUGUGGCUGGAUGCUGAGGAAGAUUUUGGCACAGUAAAAUCCCAUGUCUUAGAAGUUCUGAGCAACACAAUAGGUGGAGGAGUAGAGGAGAUGCUGCAGGUCAGUGAAGAGGUCUUUGAUAUUGCACUUGAGCCUCAAAGCUUUCAAUCUAUAAGUGAAAACAAAUAAGACUUCAGCCAUUCCAACAAACAGAUGUUUUUAUGAACUGCUAAAAGAGUGCUGGACUACCAAGGAACCCCUGAAAGAGAAGGUAGAAGUCCAUAAUACGCAAAUGAUGACCCACCACAACGGAGGUAAAGCUGCAUCCAUCCUGACUUCCAUUACCAAGCACACUUUUGCAUCUAGAGACCUUCUUCAGCUCUUUGAAUACAUUCACUUUAGUUGCAAUGCUAUUAUAUCAGUAUGUCUGUUAAGUACUUGUACCUCUUUGAAUACAAUUCUUGUUCCUUUUUAUGUCACAUUAUCGGAAGUUGGAGGUACGAUAAUGUAUAUAUUAUUUGUUUGAAUUAAGACAAUUUGUCCUUCCCUUUGCAUCAGAUAAGUUUAUUUUACACAGAAUAUCUGAGUUUAAUUUUCUUUACUCAAAUUGUAAUUUGUGGAUUGAACAGUAGUCUAACAUUUAUUUGUAUCAACAUAUAAUACCCUCACAUUACAUUCAACACAGGACAUAUUUACCCACUGCUCACCAAAAGAAUGCAAAGACAAACUGUGAUUAGAUAUACAGGUAUGUAGAUUUGUUCGGGAUCUUUCUGUGUUUUAUCAGUCUUCUGUCAGACAAUAAAUGUUUGCUCAAAUCAGCACAUGCCGGUAAUAUAACAUUUGCUCAGAGAUGUGUAGUGACUAGAAUUUUUAUCACAUUGCAUUUGCAUGAAUGAGAUCAUUCCUUUAAACAUUGCCAUUGAUCUUCAUCAUCUUAUGGAAUGAUAUAGUUGAAUUACUAUAUGCAAAGUUUGCAAACUAUGCACUGUAAUGGUUAGUUGACACAGACCAAAAUACUGAUACAAAACGCAUAUUUUAUCACUAGUUGCAUCUGAAAGACAAAACUAUAUUUGUGUAUUCAUUUCUUUGCCUGUGAACAUAUAUAUAAAGCUAUUUUGUUAACAAGUCACAUAUACUGGCUUUGUUUGUCUAUAACUACAAAUAUAUUUGGUAAGUUUAAUUUCAGAUUUUAAAACUAUUGCAGAACAUAGCCUUAUUGAAUGCUUAUGCAAUGUCAUGAUGGCAGCUUGUUUUUACCCUUGCAAUAGUUUCAAUGUGUGUAUGUGUAUUGUUUUUCUUUUGACAUCUUGUAACAAAUGAUGUAAACCUGAUAACCUUUGUAGAAAUGAUAUAUUCCAGUUAAUGUGAUAUUAACUAAUAUCUAAAUGCAAAACAUAAGAGUUGCAUGAACAUUUUUAUAUUUCAAAGCUGUUAAUGAAAUAAAAUGCUAAUCUUUUUAUUACGAUGUUAAA